GCCCCAAGACAGCAGCAAGAUGGGGAUUCUGUACAUCUUAGUUCCAAGCAUAGAUCCCCUGGUCAUCGCCUGCCUCUUCUUCUUAGUCUGCAUGUGCCGGAAUAAGCAGAAGGCAUCUGCCUCCACGCCCCAGCGCCGCCAGCUGAUGGCCUCCCCCAGCCAGGACGUGGAGAUGCCCCUCAUCAGCCAGCACAAGCAGGCCAAACUCAAGGAGAUCAGUCUGUCCACAGUAAGGUUCAUGGAGGAGCUGGGGGAGGACCGGUUCGGCAAAGUCUACAAAGGCCACCUGUUUGGUCCGGCCCCAGGGGAGCAGACCCAGGCUGUGGCCAUCAAGACACUGAAGGACAAAGCGGAGGGGCCGCUGCGGGAGGAGUUCCGGCACGAGGCCAUGCUGCGGGCGCGGCUGCAGCACCCCAACAUCGUCUGCCUGCUGGGCGUGGUGACCAAGGACCAGCCACUCAGCAUGAUCUUCAGCUACUGCUCCCACGGUGACCUCCACGAGUUCCUGGUCAUGCGCUCGCCGCACUCGGACGUGGGCAGCACGGAUGACGACCGGACAGUGAAGUCCGCCCUGGAGCCCCCCGACUUCGUGCACGUGGUGGCUCAGAUCGCCUCAGGCAUGGAGUACCUGUCCAGUCACCACGUGGUCCACAAGGACCUGGCCACGCGCAACGUCCUGGUGUACGACAAACUGAAUGUGAAGAUCUCGGACCUGGGGCUGUUCCGGGAGGUGUACUCGGCCGACUACUACAAGCUGAUGGGGAGUGCACUGCUGCCCAUCCGCUGGAUCCCCGAGGCCAUCAUGUACGGCAAGUUCUCUGUGGACUCGGAUAUCUGGUCCUACGGUGUGGUCCUCUGGGAGGUUUUCAGCUACGGCCUGCAGCCCUACUGCGGCCACUCCAACCAGGACGUGGUGGAGAUGGUCCGCAGCCGCCAGGUGCUGCCCUGCCCGGACGACUGUCCCGCCUGGGUGUACGCCCUAAUGAUCGAGUGCUGGAAUGAGUUCCCCAGCCGGCGGCCCCGCUUCAAGGACAUCCAUAGCCGGCUCCGGGCCUGGGGCAACCUGUCUACCUACAACAGCUCGGCACAGACCUCGGGAGCCAGCAAUGCCACACAGACCAGCUCCCUGAGCACCAGCCCUGUGAGCAACGUGAGCAACGCCCGCUACGGGGGCCCCAAGCAGAAGGCCCAGCCCUUCCCGCAGCCCCAGUUCAUCCCCAUGAAGGGCCAGAUCAGACCCAUGGCCCCUCCCCAGCUCUACAUCCCCGUCAACGGGUACCAGCCGGUGCCUGCCUACGGGGCCUACCUGCCCAACUUUUACCCUGUCCAGAUCCCGAUGCAGAUGGCCCCGCAGCAGGUGCCCGCCCAGAUGGUCCCCAAGCCCGGUUCCCACCACAGCGGCAGCGGCUCCACCAGCACAGGGUAUGUCACCACCGCGCCCUCUAACACGUCGGUGGCGGACAGGGCGGCCCUGCUGUCAGAGGGCACUGAGGACGUGCAGAACACCCCCGAAGAUGUGGCACAGAGCCCCGUGCAGGAAGCGGAGGAGGAAGAGGAGGACGGCUCCGUCCCGGAGACCGAGCUGCUGGGAGACAACGACACUCUGCAGAUGGACGAGGCUGAGGUGCAGCUGGAGGCCUGAGGGCAGCGGGGCCGGGGCGCUCCAGGAAACCUCUGCCGCCUUAGAGGGCGAGCCCUGGGUAUUGAUGACUGGCUUGCAGGUUCUUCACGGGAGGUUUUGUCAUCCUGUCCUGCAUAGAGCUGCCACUGAGGCCACCGUGUGAUUCGAGGGGCCUGGCCAGGUGGAGGUGGCCAGCAGCAAGGGGUGCCCCCACUGCCUGCAUUUUCCUGGGGUAAACUGGAGGUGGGCAGUACCUAUGCUUCAAGGGAAAAGAGGUGGCAGCUUCCCUCCACUUUGCAUAUGAAUCCAUUUGUGCAAACCUCUGAGAAAACAGGCCUGCCAAGGUGGGACCUCCGGCUCUGUGAAUCCUACCUGCCAGCCUGUUGGCUGAGGAUGAAGAGGCUGCUCUUCUCUGUGUGCCCUCCUGCCAUUAAUAUAUGCCUCUUUGGCUGCCAAAGACUGAUGGGAACUGGGCACUGCCGCCUGCUGCCUGCCUGAGUACAAGAAAAAGGGGUUUCUUAGGAGUUCCCCGAUUAAACUGUGCCUUAAAAGAAACCAACAUGAUUUUUGUAUUUUUGUGAAGUGAUUUUAACGAUACUGCAUAUGUCUUUUGCCCACUUUCUUGGUUUCUUGGGUUUAGAAUGUUCCAAGGGAAGCAAUAUUGUACAGAGCACAGUAUUGUUAUUUUUUUUAAUCAUGUACAGACCUUAAAUGUAAUUUAUAUGGUUUUUGUAUGCCAUUUCCAUUGAAGUAUUUUGAGCUUUAAAAUAAUGACUUAGUAAUUUAAGUGUUUACGUUCCCCACUUUGGGAUGUCACCUGAUUGUAUUCUGUUGGCUUGUGUUUGUCCCCUAUGUAAGCGAGGUCCUUUCAUUUCAGAGCUCAUGCUGGAGAAAGGCUGCAGGCACACUGCCUCCCUCCCGCCCCCGGGAUGGGGCUCACCUGUAACUCUCGAAACCCGGUGUAUCCAAUAAAGCGAAAAGGAAUGUUCUGUUGGCUCUCUGCAGGU